CUGCUCUUGCAUUCGGAUCGCUGCUCGUCUGUCAAGCUACUGAACUACCAUGACGUGCGAGAGAGGAGCGGCGGGAGAGGUUACAACGUGUCCUACGACAACAGAAGCUUCAUAAUCGAUUCGCAGCGCACGCUGUUGCUUUCGGGAGCCGUCCACUAUCCCCGGGUGGACGUGGGGGACUGGAGUACGGUGCUGCGCCUCAUGUACGAGGACGGGCUGAACGCCGUGCAGACUUACCUCUACUGGAACCUGCAUCAGAGCGAGAUGGGCGGCAAGUACGACCUCUCGGGGAAUAACGACUGGCUGCAGUUUGUGCAGGAGGCUAGAGACGCAGGACUGUUCGUGGUUCUCAGGAUUGGACCGUUCGUUGCCUCCGAGUGGGACUACGGUGGGAUUCCUCACUGGAUCAGAGAUAUACCCAACGUCUACGUCCGUUCCAACAACUCUCAGUGGGAGACGGCCAUGAGGAAGUUCUUCCUCGACAUGGUGGAGCUGGCUCGGCCGCUGACGGCGCCACACGGAGGCCCAAUCAUCCUCGGACAGGUCGAGAACGAGUUCCGCUGGCUGGACCAGGCCUACAUCGACUGGUGUGGAGAUCUGGUCAAAGAGGCUGCCACUGAAAUCCCCUUUCUGAUGUGCAACGGGUUCAGUGCCGCCAACACUAUAAACACGUACAACGGAAACGACGGUGCUCUGUACGCAGACGCACACUCCAAGCUCUACCCCGGACAGCCCCUUGCGUGGACUGAGAACGAGGGCUGGUUCCAGGAAUGGGACAGGGAACCUCUGAGCGGUAGGGACAACCGCACCCCUCAAGACAUGGCGUACGUCGUCAUGAAGUGGUUUGCUAGAGGCGGUGCGCACCACAACUACUACAUGUGGUAUGGCGGGAACAACUUUGGUCGACUGACCGGCUCAUGUAUCACCACCAUGUAUGCAGACGGCGUCAACCUCCACUACGAUAUGCUCGCCAACGAACCCAAGAAAACACACCUGUCUAAACUCCACGACCUCCUAGACACUUACUCCCUCUCACUCCUCACCAAUCCAUCUCAAGUCGACAACGCCACAAAGGUGCUGGUGUACAGUGAAUCGCAGCACAAGUUUGUGAAUGCGACCUACCAAUUUGCCUACGUCUACACUGCCAGUGGACAGGGUGUCGCGUUCCUGGAGAACUCAGUCAAUACCACUGCUCUGGUGCAGUUCAGAGAAACCAACUUCUCUCUUCCCGGCCUGUCUUCAUCUCUUGUGGACCUCUCCACCCCAGACAGAGCUACGGAGGUCUACAACUCAGCAAAGGUUCAUUCCGAAGGCCUGCCAACAAAGAGAACCUAUGCCACGUUGAGCGGGAAGUUCCCCUGGAGUGUCUGGGCAGAGAAUGUGGGGCAGUUGGACGGAGCAUUCGCUGCGGGGAGACCACUGGAGCAACUAAAC